AUGACAAACCUCGGUCGGUUCUUGGCAGACGAAAAACACCCAUGGAAGAAACCCGUCCAUCAGUUCUCUGGGGUUCCCAUUAUUACAUAUACAGCAUUCAUGUUAGAGUUCUUCAGUAAAUACGCCUGCAGUGAGGCCGAUAUCGAUGCAGUAUUGCAGAUGAUCCAUUCCGUGUCUGUUCCUGGAAACAAGCUUCCUAAAAACCACAAGGAAAUAUGCAAGAUCACAGAUGAACUUAUCGUUCAUCAUCAGAAACACAUGAUUUGCCCUUGUGGGUUUUUCACAUUCAAGAAGGAGCAAAUAUGCCCUGCGUGCAGUAGGACAAAUUCCGAUGCUCAAAGAUAUUACACUAUUCCAAUCAUACCUCGGCUUCAACAGAUGUUUGAAACCCCAUCCUUGGCAAAACUACUUCAGGAAAACCAGGGAGGUGAUAGCCUCGUCAUGAAUGAUAUUCAUUCCACGCCAUCAUGGCGUGAUUUUCAGCAGGAGAUGGGAGGGGAAUCAACAGUUGCAAUAAGCUACUGCUCCGAUGGUUUUAAUCCAUAUCAUCAUCAAGCUACAUCAAGAAAUUACAGCAUUUGGGCUCAGUCUGGAAUCAUUCUUAAUCUACCAGUGCAGAUUCGGACACAGAUGAAAUAUGCCAUGCUUUUUGGACUGAUCUGUGGACCCAGCACACCAGCCAAUCUUAAUUCUUUCAACAGAAUUAUUGUUGAAGAAUUGUUGCUUCUGAAGGAUGGUGUAAUGGCCUAUGAUGGGUUGAGGAAGAAAUUGACACUGAUGAAGGGUGGCCUUAUGAUGCUAGUGUGUGAUGUGCCUGGGGCAGCUAAGGAACAACAUCGUGUGCAGCACAAUGCACUGAAGGCAUGCCCUCACUGUAAAGUAGAAGGUGAGCAUAGUUGCAUUUUGGAGAAAGUGAUUUUCCUUGGCAGUCGGAAAUUUCUUCCACCAGAUGACUUGUUACGAAGGGACACAUCCUUUCCCUCGGGCAACAUAGAGAAGGAUGUUGUGUUUCCCAGAGUGGACAAGGAGGAAAUGCUUGCAGCCAGGUGCCUGGACUCGAUGAAAGUUCAACAGUUGUUUGGCAAUGGAAAAGCUGUUCAGAGUCUUACUACUGGUUUCACCAAGGACACCGGUCGCCAUGGAAGCCACCAGUGGUUUCGUCUUGGGUUGGACUUAUCUCAACGUCAUGCCCCAGUAGAACCAAUGCAUGCCAUCAAGGUCGUUGCGGAACAUUUAGUAAGGCUACUAAAUGGAACAGAGGAUGGAGCAAAGGUCAGGGCAGAGGAACGAAGUCGCGGACGAUUCAUAGAUUACUGCCCAGAUUCUGUUUACAGAAUGCAUUCAAAGAAGGCACCACCAACAGCUUCGAUUUCUACAGAUGUACAAGAGCAGGUACCUGAGAUGCAAUCACAUGGACCUGGCAAGAGAACACGUUCAUCUAAACCAGUCUUGCCUCCAGCUCCUUUUACCCUUACUAAGGAAGAGAAAGAAAAGGCAGAUAUGCGUCUAAAAAAUGUAAAGGUGCCUGUAGACUUUGGAGACCUUCCUGCGACUCUUUUCUCAAAGACGACUGGCAUGAAAAGUCACACUUGGAUGAAGAUUUUCACAUCUGGAAUCCUUCGAUACAUCCUGAGAGAUGCUCUGGGAACCACACAGCGGCAAACGUUUUUUGAAUUCCUCUCUGCAUUAGAAUGCCUUUACUCAAGAGAGAUUGAAGUAGCAGGACUGGACCAGAUGGAGGCACAGUGGCACAGAGUGCUAGCAUUGAUGGAAAGAGAUUUUCCAUGUGCAUUAAAGGGUACUGUUAUGCAUCUGAUGCACCACUUGCCCCGCUACAUAAGGAUGUUUGGCCCUGUUAGCAAUUUUUGGAUGUUUCCCUUCGAGAGGAUGAAUUCAACCUUCAGCAAGGCAAUAGCAGGUGCCAGAUAUCCUGAGCUGGCAGCUAUCAAACACAUGGAAAUCCAGUGGAUGUUAACCAUCUUGAGAGCUGCUGGCUACCUUGGGGAUGUUCGAAACAUCCACAACCCGGAGUCCUCACUUGCCGGUGGGAGGAGUAGGAGUCAUACACUGACAGAUGAAGAGUAUGGCCACCUAUACGACAUGUUUGAAGAGAUGGGAAUAACUUGGGGUACAAACAGAUGCAUCACAAUGCAUCAACAUGCCAAGAGAUUUGUAUCCAAAGAAGGAAGCAUGGUCACCUACAGAGGUUCCUUCUUGGACUGCAGCACAGCAACAAACUGUUCAAUUGUUAGCUGCAGCACCAAUGCAGGGAAGACUGUUGUUGGCCAUGCAAUGUUCUUCUUCAACCAUAUCAACAAUUUAGGGCAGCAAAACAUCAUUGCCAGUGUUGAUUGGGUUGGAUUUGCCAGAGAGGACAAGCCAUCAAAAUGCCUUCAAGUGCUGGAGGAGGAAGGACCUGUCCAUAGAUGCUUUGUUCCUUUGGACUCGCUGUCUUCACCCCUUGUGCAUGCCUGGGAGGACAGUGUUUUGUGGAUUCCCAGCCUGUAA